AUGAAAAUACAGGAAGUAAAACUACUCUAUAUUUACAAUGAAAAUGACUUAGAUUCCCACAAGGUAGAAGCAGGUCUGUUGGCAGCAACCUUGUCUUUAACAUCAGAGUCUGCACGUGCGACGUUGUCUGUGCGGCGCUGUUGGCAUCUGCCUGAAUUAAAGGAGAGAAUAGAGAAGAAACCCAUGAUCAUCGCUGCCAGCAGUAACUCUGAUUUUCAGAUGUCAAAGGAAAAUGCAGCAGACACUGGGAACAUCAUCCUUAACCAUGACUUCUCAGAUGGGCUGCACUUCUGGCGCCCAAAUUAUGGUUGUGAUGCUUUUGUGGUUCCAGCAGGUUCUGGAUACCAUAAUGGAUUAACAACCGCUAUUGUGUCGAAACGUAAUCAAUGUUGGCAUGGAUUAGAGCAAGACAUUACGAGCAGAAUAUCUGCAGGUUCCACUUACACAGUUUCUGCUUGUGUUGGCGCCUCUGGUACUUUUCAGGGUUGUGUUAAUGUACUGGCUACAUUGAAACUGGUGUAUCAAAAGUCAGAAACAAGCUUUCAAUCCGGUGAAAAAAAAUCUGUAUCAAAUGAUGGUUGGGGGAUGCUAGAAGGUUCAUUUUCCCUGUCAACAAUGCCUAAUGAAGUUAUAUUUUAUCUCGAGGGACCACCACCUGGGGCUCACCUUCUCAUCAAAUCAGUAGUGAUCUCAUGUUCCAGUUCUACUACUUGUGAUGAAUCGAAGGAUUUAAUGGAGAAGGCACCAAUUAUCACUGCCUACAAUAACUUUGAUUCUCAGUGUUGGGCCAAAACUGGCCUCAAAAGUACAUUAGAGAAACAUUUAGUAAAAUCCUCCCCGCUCUGUAUCUUAUGUAAUUAUACGAACCAGGAGCAAUUUUUUUAUUUUUAUGUUUUGCUUCUGGCUAUUUUACCAUGGCUCAGUGAGAAAUUUUGCUUGAGCAUCAAAUCUGUACCUUCUGAAGCAAUUGAGACUGUUAUAUCAUACCUGAUCUUAAAGAUUUUGCUGCUAUAUGUUAUUGUUCAUGCUCAUCAACCAUACAAGUCGUAUUUCUCGUUGGACAAUGAACUCGAUAAUGAGCUGAAAUGGUACUGGACAGAACCACAGCAAGGGAACUUCAACUAUAAAGAUGGAAAUGAUUUUCUCGUUGAGGAUUGCAGUGACACGCUAUCUUCCCCUUUUGAGCAUAUUCUUGAUCUUCAAGAGCGCGAUGCAUCUGUUGGAGGAAUAGGAAUUCAGGGACAUAUUGACACUCCUGUUGGACCCAUUGUAUGUUCUGCUCUGGACAAACUUGGUAUUCUUGGACUUCCAAUCUGGUUCAAUGAAGUUGAUGUUUCUUCUGACAAUGAAUAUGUUAGAGCUGAUGAUCUAGAAGUUAUUUUUCGGGAAGCUUAUGCUCACCCUGCUGUUGAAGGUAUAAUGUUGCGAGGAAUGUGGGAGAUGUUCAUGUGUCGGCCAAAUGCACAUUUAGUGAAUGCAGAAGGUGACAUCAAUGAAGCUGGAAAAAGAUACCUUGCUCUUAAGCAGGAGUGGUUGUCCCAUUCUCAUGGUCAUAUUGAUGAACAAGGGCAAUUCUGCUUUAGUGGAUUCCAUGGCUCCUAUGAAGUUGAAGUCAUUACUGGUUCUAAGAAAAUUACCAAGAAUUUUGUGGUUGACAAGGGUGGCGAUGCACUGGUGAUUUCCAUCGAUAUGUAGUUCUUGUUUUGACUCAAUCUCUCUCCUAUAGUAUGACUAUGUGUUGUGCAAAAGUUGUACUCAUGCCUUCUAUCAUCUGUUCUGUCCAUGGGUCUAAUGCAAAAUAUUUCAUUUGUUUAUUUUUUUGUAUCUUCUCAGGUGAGUUAAUAGAAGAAAAGCUUCAUAUGAUUGGAGUAACUGAAAAUGAAUUAAUUCAUCAGUAUUACCCUGUUAGACAUUUGUG